GCUGCUGCGGUGGACCGCCACUCAACUUUCUUUUUCCCUCCCUUCACCCUGGGGAUCUCGUGCGACGCGACGCAGGAAGCAGGAAGCAGGACGCAGAGGAGAUCUGAGAGCGAGCAGUUUGCCCCUCGAGCUGAUCAAAAUGAUGCAAGGGAAAUCCACUUUGAAUCCUUUUGCUACUCCUUAUGUACCUCUUACUAAACUUCCUUUUGAAACAAGAGAUGGGUCUUCAGAGAAAACAACUGCUGCUGCUGGAAACAAUGAGACUACUGAGAACUCUUUAGAGCAUCAACUUCCGGAAUCCUUUUCCUUCAACUAUGACAUCCAGAGCUUUCAAAAACUCAGUCUCUCUGGUGAAUCAUCCUCAAAAGUUGGAGAGUUCAACAAUCCUACCUUUCCAGACGACCUUGGUAAAUUGGACGAUUCCAUUGCGAUACUCGAUUGUCUUUCAUCGGCGUUUCCUGAUAUCUCUUUGGACUAUCUCUCCGAAUUGCUUGCCAUAAACCAAGGCGAUUUCAAUGAUACUAUUGAUGCGCUGCAGCAGUUUGAGAGCGAUGUUGAUGCACUUGACUAUCCAACUGAACUUGCAGCUGCAACUGAUGGCAGUUCUGAUAUUGGCUUUCAUUCAACUUGAUGAAAAUCGAUGUGGGUAGCCGACUUGCCCUUUGUUUUGCUUCCUCUGAGAUAAUGCUCCAUCGUAAAGCUUGACUGAAAAUUCCAUCACCUUUUCAAUUGGCCACAAGUUUUGUACAGUUCAAAUACACGGUUUUCUUCUGAAACAAAGCACCAGUAAUGUUGUAGUGGCUGUACAGUUUUCUUGCUUGCUUGUUAAGGGGUCAUGUUUUUAUUGCUCCAAUGAUGGUACACUUCAGGCUAGUCUGUGGAGAAUUUAGGUCAGCGUGUUUGUGCUCUUUGUGAAAUUUGAUCUAAACGAAUGAUUGGACGUUUAGUGGGUCAUGGAAAUGUGAUCCUCAGUGCAAUUUGAAUUUUAGAACCAUGUCUUGGUGCAUUGUGGCAUGUGUAGGUAACAAACGCAGUGGCCCAUUAAAAUGGAGAAAAUAUUAAACCAA